UUUGAAUGUUUGUAUUUGCCUGCGUGUCGCUAAGUGACUGUGUUGCUGACAACGUGUUUCUUGCUCUCUCUUUCACAUGUUAGACCAGACUAGGUUCCAGCCCUGCCCGGACUCACACUCCAUCAGGUUUCCUUCUGCUGUCUCAGGAAACAUGACGAUGAGAUGGAGGGGAAUGGCCAUGAGAAGAAUGAGCAUGUUCGAUCACAGUAAUCCUGCUCUGGCUUUCACAGAAGACGCCCUCAUGCACGAGAUGGAAAAUGAGGAACAGAACCUGGUCAAAGAACUCGUCACCAUGUCAACCCGAGAAAGAAUUCGGGCCAUUCGAGACCUUCCACUGAGCUUUGAAGACAAGAAACAGAUCAGGAGCCAGGUCCUGGCAUUUAAGUCGUCCAAGCAGUCUAAGGGUUUGACGUGUUUGACCGACUGCUCUGAGGACGUGUCUCUGUUUUUUCGCAGGUUUGGUUCCGCCGUUUGCUCGGCUCAACAGACCCUGGAACUGUGGCAAGGCACCAUGAAAGAGAUUGGAGGGAGGUUUGGCACCAGCGUCCUCUCCUACUUCAUGUUUCUCAAGUGGCUGCUGAUGUUCAACAUUUUCUCCUUCUUGGUUAACUUUGGUUUCAUCACCAUCCCGCUGCUGGUCUACGAGCCGUCACCCAGCACACCUGAGAACGUGACCUUCAGGGGUAUGGAGAUCUUAACUGGAGCUGGUUACUUUAACUCCAGCGCCAUGUACUACGGGGGCUACAGUAAUGAAACCAUCACACACCUGGUGGACUACAACAUGCAGCUGGCCUAUUUUUUCACGAUUGCAGUCUACAUGGUUCUGUGUGGACUUGCUCUCCUCAUCAGCAUGGCGAGCUCAUUCAAGAGGAACUAUGUGCUCUCAGAUGCAUCGUUGUGCAGCGCGUGGCAGCUCCUUUGCAGCUGGGACUUCAGCGUAACCAAUGAGAAGGCAGUUAGACGACGCAAAAACAACCUUCUUGUCCAACUCCAGGAGUCUUUAUCAGAGAAGGCCCAGGGGGAGCUGCUGACCUUUUCUGAAAAAAUGAAGCACUUUGGGGUCCACAUGUUGUGCUGGUUUCUGUCCUCCGGUCUCACUGUUGGCUGUGGAGCUGGAAUAUAUUAUUUAUGUCAAUUUGAGCAGGAGCGAGCAACAGAUGCCACCAACUGGACCCCCCUCCAGGAGGCGGAGACUCUCCUGGUUCCUUUUGUUGUGUCUCUGAUGAACCUCAUGGUCCCGCUCUUCUACUCCCUCAUCAACACGUUUGAGAACUACUCCAGCCAGCGCUCACAGAUCUACGCUUUGGUGCUCAGGAAUGUCUUCCUGAAGAUGUCCAUUCUGGCUGUCUUGUGUUAUUACUGGAUGAAUGUGGUGGCUCUUAAGUUUUCGUGUUGGGAGUCCAUGGUGGGACAGGCUUUGUAUCGUCUGGUCAUGUUUGACUUUCUGUUCCUGAUGUUGGGCUGCUUUUUUGGAGAGUUUCUCAGCAAUGUGAUUGGGACCAGAGUUCUACCACGUCUGGGGGUUCCAGAAUUUGAUGUGGCCAGAAACGUCCUCGAACUGAUCUACGCUCAGACUCUGGCCUGGAUUGGAAUCUACUUUGCUCCUCUGCUGCCUGUCAUCCAGAUUGGCAAAUUUUUCAUCUUGUUUCAUCUGAAGAAGGUCAGCCUGACUCAGAACUGUCAGCCUCCACGCCGAUCAGGCCGAGCAGCUCAGAUGCAAACCAUCUUCAUCGCCAUCCUCUUCUUCCCGUCCUUUGUGGGAGGUUUGUCCAUGGUUGCAUACACGGCCUGGAGCCUGACUCCCUCAGAGUACUGUGGUCCUUUUCGUGGACUCAACAGCACCUUCAGUGUGGUUAAUGUGUGGAUAGAAGAUCUACAGGACAUCCCGGGUUCUGAAUGGGUCAUCUGGAUCUACCAACAUAUGAUCAGGAGCGAACUCUUCUUCUUUCUCAUCACACUCGUCGUCCUGGUCAUCAUCUACAUCUUCUGGCAAAUCACUCGAGGUCGGAAGCAGAUCAUUGGCCGACUGAGACAGCGCAUUCUUAAUGAGGGAAAAGACAAGUCCUUCUUGUUAGAGAAGCUCCAGAACCUGCAGAGGUCUUGGCCUCAGAAGAAACGCAAACAGAAGAAUCAGAACACGAUCACCAACCAGUACUUUGGUGGCUGUUUCUCAAGCAGUCAGUCCAGCUCAAAUGCCGUGGCUCAGGUCUUACUUACUCGCCGGCAAUUUGAGUUGGAGGAGGAAAGUGCGGGCUUGGGUGGUCUACCUGUGCCCUCUGAUCUCACCACUUCCAGCCCCUCCACUGCUCUGAUGCAGGCCAUGCUGGCCCGGCACAGAGCUGAAGAGCAGGACAGAGAUUACUACCAGCUACCUGAGGAACACUCAUCAUCUCCCGGCGCCCUCGCUCAGGCCAUGAAGGCCCGACAGCGCGCAGAGAUGAAUGAAGGAAACAACACAGACAAUCAGCUGUCUUCUUUGUCUGCUGCUAUGAUGCAGGUCAUGCAGGCCCGGCAGCAUGCAGAAGAUCAGGAUGGAGAUAAUUAUCACCUACCUGAUGUACACUCGUCAUCCUCUGGUGCCCUUGCUCAGGUCAUGCGGGCCCGGCAGCGAGCAGAAGAGGGGGAGAUGAUUCAAGUAUUCGCUCCUCCUACUCAAGAAUCAGCUCCGCCAAGUUCCAGCGCUCUCAUCCAGGCCAUGUUGGCCCGGCAGCAGGCCCAGAAUGAGUAUGAUGAUGGUUACUGAACAAAAAGCUCCAUCGUUGUCACCUGCUGUGGGCGGAGUCAGGGAUAGGACUUGGGUGACCCGAAUCAAAUCUCAACCAUGAAACUCAAAUAAUAUAUAAGAAUAUCCAGCAGCGCUGAGAGAGGUGCCAGUCCACCUCUUCAUGCUCCUUUUAUUUUUUAGCAUUAUAACUUACUUUAGUUUUUCUAGAAAAUGUUAGAGUUGCAUUUUAAUUUGUGGAAAUACUCAAA